GCGGCCACACAUCACCCACAAUGGCGUCCCAGGAAAGACCACCGCAAGUGCAGUCACUGGUCGAAGGGCCAGAGCUUGGCCAGACUUCACGACCCAACGUCCAGCCCAGACGCGCCCUUGGCGACUACCCGCUCAUCGACUCCGACCCACACUUCACCCGCGUCGUCAAAUAUGCACGAUCCUCGGACUACGUCGCCGCUGCCGCCACUGCCGCCAUCUCACCUAGUCUCAUGCUGUGGUGGGAACGAAUCUCCCCCUCAGAAGUCGGACGCGGAGGAUUUGCACAGAUCAUGCGACUAUCAGGCGCCAUGGGAGCGAUAGGCGGCUUCCUCAUGCUCUACUCACGAUCCAUCAACCGCUUUUACGGCUUCAGCGAGAACAGACGCGAAAUUGAGAUGGACAUGCGGGAGAUGACGGACAAAGUGAAGAGGGGAGAGCCACUGUACGGCAAGACAACUUUGACCGAAUACAUGCAAGGAGCCGCAGCGAGACAGAGCAGGUACUCCGGCGUGUUUCUGCAUGUCAUGCCUUGGUUCAACUUUGUGAAUCAUGAUCAGCAUGGUGUGGAUACUGCAAAAUACUACCAGAAUGCCGAGAGGGAACUGGAGGCUGAGAGGGCAGGGAAGUGAAAUGAAAUGAGAUGAGCAGGCGCUGUGGGAGGGACGAGGCUCCGAUUGCCUGGACGAGCGUGGCCGAGGCUCCAGAGACACGGCUCUAGAUUCAGAAAGGAUCGGAAUGGACCCUUCUGUCUUUGCACGGCUUUGCUUCAAGAGCAGCAACGAGGUCGUGUACAUUAGCAAGUUGAGAGUACAAGAAAUGAUAUCCAUGCCACCG